AUGACCAAUGGUGAAGGUGUCAUCGUACCAAAACCGAAAAAUCAAUGGAAUGAUAAUGAUAAGAAGUUGUGGUCUUGUGAUUGGAAAGCACAAAAUAUUCUCAUAUCCUCAUUAGGUGUUGAUGAGUAUUAUCAUGUCUUUCAUUGUGAAACUUCCAAUUCUAUGUGGGACGCAUUAGAAGUUGCCCAUGAGGGAACUAAUGAAUUUAAGCAAGCUAGGAUCAACACUUUGAACCAAGAGUUUAAACUCUUUCUUAUGAAUCAUGGUGAAACCAUUGCCGACAUGCAAAAGAGAUUCACAUAUAUUAUUAAUAGAUUGAAGGCUCUAGGUAAUCCUAUCUCCAAUUCUAUUGCUACUAACAAUAUUUUAAGAUGUCUUAAUAGGGAAUGA